AUGUCGUCAAUCAAUUUCAAUAUAAUUUAUGAACGACAACUACCAAAAAAGGUUACAAUUGCAAAGGCAUCAACAAUAAAUCAAUUGAUUUCACAAGCAUUAACCGUAUUUCUGAUUGAUCCGGCAUCGUAUACAGGGAAAUUAUAUCAUAAUGAUAAAUUAUUGGAUGGAUCAUUACCUUUGCGAUUAACCAACUUGUUGAAUAAUUCCAAAUUGGUUUUAAAAACAUCAAAGAAAUCAUCAUCGGGAAUUACAAAUCAAGAUAUAAAUGUUAAAUUUAUGAAUGAUCAAGGUGGAAGUGCAGUUAAGAAAAUUUCUAAUGGAUUAAAAUUAAAUGAAGUAGUUAGAGAAUUUGGAGGUGAUCUUACUAGACCAUCAAUUUUAAGAAUACUUGAAUUGAAUAUUGAGUCUGAAAAAUACGACCAAGUCACAUUGGAAUCUAUUGUUGGAGAUUCUAAGAAUGUUGUGAUUCGAUUGAAUUAUAGAAAGAGCAACGACGAAGAAAAUAAAGAGACAACUGAAAGAAAGCAACAAGAGGCUAUUAGAUUGCAUAUUGAACAGGAAAGAUUAAGAAAGCAAAAAGAAGAACGUGAGAGAUUGGUUGAAUUGGAUAAAAAGAAGGAAAUACCACCAGUAUACGAAAAUGAUGCAAAAUCAGAAAAGGAUAUUGAGAUGAAAGAACCAGAUGAAGAACCAGAAGAAGCACAACACGUAGAGACCAAACCACUAACUAAGAAUCCACCGCCAUUGGAAACUACUGCAGAUUCAAACCAUUAUACUUUUAAGGAAGAAGAACUUGAAGAUACUCCACAAUUGUAUGUUCCGUCAAAAACUCCGCAAAAAUCAUACGAUAAUCCAGAUGAAGAUUAUGAGGUUACUUUGAAUCAAGUCAAAGCUUAUCAAAAUAUGAUCAGAAAUUCAGGAAAAAGAAAACCUUCUAAAAAUAAGGUACCACUGUCAUUACCUAAAAAGUAUCAAAUAAGAAUUAAGUUUCCAGACGGUACUAUAUUACAGAUUAACUUUAUUGAAAACGUUAGUGAAGUCAAAUUUGGUCAAUUGAUUAAAAAGAUUGAUGAAUUGUUACUACCAGAAUUUAUAAACGAGUACAAUUUGAAAAAUGGUGUUCCUCCAUUCACUACAAUUGAUAUGAAUUUCACGACCAACAAUGAAUAUUUACACAAAUUGCCUGAUUUCCAACAGGAACGAAUUAUGCUCAUUUGGGAAUUGCAAAAGAAAGAUUUGAAUGUGCAUGGUCCAUACGUGAAGAAUAGUCAAUUGACCAUUAAACAAAGUGAUGAAUUACCUGAACGAGUUUUAGAAACCCAUCGGGGUGAAUUGCCUGAUGAUGAUCAAUAUCGUCGUCACCAUCAUCAUCAUCAUACUGCAUCACAAAACAAUUCCAGCAAACCAGCCACAGAUGCUGAUAAAUCAAAGGAGUCCAAAGUACCAAAAUGGUUUAAAAUGAAAUAG